AUGGGUAGCAGGAAUGGCCACGCUCCUAUUUUCCUUUGGUACACACUCAAUCAUAAAGGUUACAAAGGGUUUCAGAAAGAAGUACAAAAGUGCCUUAGAAAUGCCCACUACCUGAAGGAUCGUCUUCGUGAGGCAGGGAUAAGUGCCAUGUUAAAUGAGCUUAGCAGCACGGUUGUAUUUGAACGGCCGUCGGAAGAAGAGUUCGUGCGCAGAUGGCAACUGGCUUGUGAGGGAAAUAUCGCUCACGUCGUGGUGAUACCGAGUGUUGGUAUUGAGAAAUUGGAUGUUUUUGUGAAUGAAUUGAUUGAGAAGCAGUCGACUUGGUACGGAGAUGGAACUGUCCAGCCUCCUUGUCUUGCUGUAGACAUAGGGGCUGAGAAUUGUUGUUGUUCUCUGCAUAAGUGACCACUUUUAGUGAUUUAGAUUGCGGUUCCGUUGGUCAUCAUCAGUGGCAGCAUUGUUGUGUUUGUUAGGUAACGUUUUAGAUUUUGUAGCAGAGUU